AUGUCACAAGAUCUCGGGAUAUUUACUAUGAUGUUUCCUACUUCCGAGGUACCUGCACGAUGUAGUGAGGUGUUCCGACUGCGCUCGUGCGGCCAGGUUUGGGGCAGAGCAGGUGUAGGCCAGCGGAAUUUUGGAGAGGCCAAAGUGAAGGGUAGUGGUGCCGGGGGGCCUGGCGGAGUCCAGGGUCUCGAUCGUAGUUUGAAGAAGGUUCAACCUCUUCCAAACGAAUAUUUAGCCAUCCAGGUGCCGAGCUGCCCAAGGCACGUGGUUUCCGCUAUGUUGUCACCGGUUACGGACCGCGGCCGUAGCUCCCCCAAGUCACUGGGCGAAACAUCUCCACAAUUAGAGACUGGUUAUUGGAAUAUAAUGCCAUGUACAACGUCGGAAAACCACCGCAAUCAACGUAAAGGACCCUGGGGAGACUCUGAUCGGCGGCGGCGCCCGUCCGUGGCCAACAUCGCUACGAGAAACAGUCGAGGGAGCUACGUCAACACUAGCCAAUUUGCUUGGGGAGAUGUUUCUGGGCUCAAACUGGCGAAGAGCAAAAACGGGAUAGAUUAUCGUCAGGAUAAUACUCGAUACAGGCGCAGAUCUCAUAACAAGCUAACGUUACAAUGCGUGAAGACAACGAUCGAUGACCAGCACUUCAAAAACCCCUAA